AUCCUGCUCCUCCUCCUCCUCCUCCAGCCACAGAGCAGAACCAUGAAACUGAACAUCAUCUUCUGGCUGGCCGUGGUGAACACAGGAACCUUUAACUACCAUCCCAUAGAGGGGACACCCUGUGAAAUGGCAAAUUCACAGGCAUUUUGCCACAACAAAGACCUCCACCAAAUCCCUCACGAGCUCCAUCCGAAUGUAAAGAAAAUAGAUCUGUCUGGAAACCUGAUUCAAAGCAUCCCUGAAAUACCAUUAUCAUUUUACACUUCCCUCCAGUAUCUGGAUUUAAGCUUCAACCAGAUAAACUUCAUCACGUCUGGAGUGUUUGCACACAUGACAAGUUUGCUGGAAAUAAAUUUAGCCAAUAAUAAUUUACAUGAGCUUACUCAGAAUGGGACAGAGGGGAUUGGACUUUUGCCCAAGGUGGAAAUAAUGGACUUGUCCCACAACAAUCUCUACAGUGGGAUGGCUGAGUAUUUCAUUAAUCAAGCUCCAACACUGCAGUAUCUUUCCUUGGCAGACAACAGUAUUGUAAUGAUAUCACACAAGAUGUUUCGGGGCUCUCCUGGUCUUGUGGAGAUAGAUCUUCAGAGAAAUAUCAUCAUGGAAAUAGAAGAAGGUGCUUUUGACACUCUAGCAAACCUUUCCAAACUGAACCUCUCCACAAAUUCAAUUACUUGCAUCUCUGAUUUCAACCUCAGGCAGUUGGAGAUACUUGACCUUAGCAGGAAUAGCAUUGAAAUGUUCAGCAUCACAAAGUCAAACGAGGAAUAUAGUUUAAGACGUCUGGAUCUUAGUGAAAACAAAUUGCUUCACUUCCCAGCCUUGCCUCAGGUAAAUAAACUGGUAACUCUGAAUUUAUCAAAUAAUUUAAUCCAGCUCACUGCUGAAUCCCCUUAUAAUAAAAUGGACUACAUGGAUAAUGAAUGGAUAGAUGCUUCUUUUCAUCUUCUUGAUCAGAAACAAAGUAAAAAUACAAGUUCUCUUUAUUUAUCCCAGCUUGUAUAUUUAGACUUAAGUUAUAAUAAAAUAAAAUCCAUUCCAGAUGGGUUCUUUGAGUCAAUGUUGUCCCUUCACACCCUUAAUCUCAGCAAAAACUGUCUUGAGGCAUUUGCUAUAAAUGAUGAUAGUGCAUUGGUCUCCCUAACUGUCCUUGACUUGAGCUACAAUGCUUUGCAGAACCUUCUCCUCGAUGCUGGUGCUUUGCCAAAUUUGAGGGAGUUUCAUAUUCAAAACAACAACCUUCAGACCCUUCAAUUCGACAUAUUUUCCAGUCUUCCUAGUCUCAGACUUCUUAACCUUCGGAGCAAUAACAUCAGCCUGUGCCACAUGUACUCAGGAUUAGCUAAGCAAAGACUUGCUGGAGAGGAAAAUGGCUGUGUGUCGUUUGUCAAUUCUCCUGCUCUCCAGUAUUUGUACCUAGCAGACAACAUGCUGAGCAUCCUACCAGCACGCACCUUCUACAAGACUCCACUGCUUGUCUUGGAUCUCUCCAUGAACCCUGGACUGAAAAUAGAACUUAAAGCACUAGCAGGACUGGAAAAGUCUCUGGAAUACUUGCAUUUACAUGGCAAUAGACUGAUAGAUUUAAAUAUUGACUUGCCUUGUUUUAGUCACCUUAAACAUUUAAACCUCUCUGAAAAUCAGCUGAACUGGCUUCCUAAGUGGAGUAGUGACUCUCCACUGGAAGUUCUAGACCUACGGAACAAUAGGUUCAGUACCUUACAGGACAGCAAUAUUUUAGCAUUAGAAAAUUCACUUAAAAACUUGUAUCUCUCUGGGAACCCACUCAACUGCUGUGGAAACAUCUGGCUUUCGUCAAUGAUCCAGAACAAAAAUGUCCAGAUCCCAAACGUGGAGCACUUAAUGUGCCAGUACAUUCGGAGCUUUGGGUAUUGGGAAGAAAUGCACAUUGAGAACAUUAGACCAGAAGACUGUGAAAAAGAGGAUCUGAAGAAAAUCAACAUCAUCAUUAUAUUAACCUCUGUACUAGUUUUAUCUGUGAUCGUCAUUGGUGUGGGUUCAUUUUUUUGCUUCCGAAGGCAAAACUUUAGCCACCAGUUUAAAGCAUAGGAGCACAAAACACCCUGAAAACUGAAGAAAUCAGGUGCUAUCCUGACACUGUGUAGAAAUGAAGGAUAAAAUUUUCAUCUUUGAGUUUCAACUGUGGAUUUUACCAUGGUUUUGAAGUGUUCCUGAACUG